AUGUCUCUCGGUCUAUUUGGAAUUCUGCAGCUUGUGAUCCUGUUGAAUCUGGUCAAAAAUUCCAUGGAAUCUAAAUACGAUUUUCUGUUGGAGGAUGAGAAGAUAUUCAGUGCCUGCAGGGACCAGCCAAAGGAAACUCUCGAUAUCACAAGCUUGUUCGAUUUUACAAAUACCAACUUUAUUAUGAGUGAAGAGGGAGUAACGCUUUCGGGCAACCAUUCAGUUAUUUGGGAUAUACAGGCAUCAGACCGAAUUGAGGUUCAUUUUAGUGCGCUGCAAUUCGAUCGCGGUACUUGGCAACCGACCACGCUUAAUAUGUUUAUCAAGGACAUUUGCGAAAUCCUUUUUGACAAAAAUCAACUGUGGUAUAAUGUUUAUAGUAAACACAUACAAAAUACCGAGGAGAUGCAAAAUGAAUGUUAUGUUAAAGGGACCACAAUUUUAUUAGAAACCUAUACGAUUAAUUUUGAGCUUUCUAGUGCCUAUCCAAUAAAAAAUGGUCGCUAUGCACUUCAUAGUUUGGUAACUCCAUACGACAAAAAUGGAGUGAAGCGUCCUCAACAAGUCUGUUUUGAAGUCAAAGGCGAGUUUUUAAAGAAAAAAUAG